AUGGACUCCUUCGGACAGCCUACUACCGGAGUCAAUGGCACUGACAAGCCCAUCGCUGUGUUGAAGAAAUACGACAACGGAUCCUAUGGCCUUCUAGUUUACGGCUCCGACUUCCUCAUCCGAGGAGGUGAACUGGCUUCGUCUUCCAUGACAUCGGCACUCUUCAUGUCUCGAAUUAUUGACGAUGUUGUUGCUUUGGGAGUCAACACCAUCUUUGGCGUCGUGUCGUGGAAGAACAUCGAGCCCAUUGAAGGCGUGUUUGACUUCACCGAGUUGGACGCAAUCAUCGCUCUCUUCCGGGAGAAAGGUCUCUAUCUCUCCCUUCGAUGGAACGGUACCCUUGUGGGACAUGGCACUGAUAACUUGUCGGACUCAGUCCCUUCGUGGGUCAAGACCAACGCCCAACGUUUCCCGAAGGUGAAGCGCACAGAAGACGUAUACGAUGCCCAGCAAGAUGAAAUUGUUGGCAAGACUCGGCGAACCACCGAGGCGAUCUCUCUCUUCGGAGACGAGAUCGCCGAGGCCGAGCAAAACGCCUUCCAUGCACUCAUUGGCCACAUCAAGCUCGUUAACAAGUCCCAACACACGAUCGUAAUGGUUCAAGUCGGGUCCCUCAUCGGAUUCAAGCGGAACACCCGCGACUACUCAGUCGCCGCUGAUGCCAAGUUCGACAGCCCGGUACCCACCGAAUUGCUCUCCUACUAUCAGGCCAAAGGAUCCGCGGUAGAGCCCGGUGCUUUACGUUACGGCUGGGAUAGCUUCGGUCAGGAGGAUGGCGAAGCAGAAACUCUGUUUUCUGCCUAUUACUUCGCCACAUACGUCGAGGCUCUCGCAACGAUCUGCAAGCGAGAAUGUGGCCUGCCCGUCUUUACAGAUGUGGCGGUCAACCGCCAGGGCCCUGCCCUUCAUGGUUCCGCCGAGGGCAAGAUGAUGAGAUUCUGGAGGUUCUUCACCCCCAGCCUAAGCUUCUUUGCGGCCAGGCUGUUGCCCGGUCCUUCGUCCAAAAGUAUUGCAGAUUUUGUCGCACGCAACAAUCAGCCGCUACUUAUUCUUGGCCAGAACAAUACCGACAUCGAGAAAAUCUGGGUCAAGUUUGGCAACUGCAACGCCCUCGGAGUGGCCCUCACACGGAUCGAGGCCAUCGACCUAGCCACUUCUCCGGCUCCGGCUCACUUCUGUCUGCUCCGGGACCUGACUCCAACGAUCCUUACCGCACGGAACAGCGAUAAGAAGACGGUAGGCUUCGCUCUCACCGCGGUUAAUCGAGUCGACCCGGACUGUGUCUCGUCCACGAACACGACUAUGUGCGGCAUGGACGUCAAGUGCCAGCAUCUUGACAACCAAUCGCACCGUAAUGGUGGUUGGGGUAUCGUGGUUGAGCAAGAGGAUGGAACGCUGCUCGUCGCUGGCCAAGCAUUUCAAGUCAAGGCCAAGUCGCUUUCGCCAAAGGCCACCGUGACCCGGGUUCUGGACUUCGUUAAGAAGGAAGUCGAGGGCGAGGGCGGCGGCAGUCUCCGAAGCCUUCGUCGCUUUACCGCAGAAGAUACCAACGGCGGCCGAGCUGCGCAGAUGCCCGCGGACACGCCUAUGAUCGCGGAGAUCGCUUUCUACGCGUUUGAGGAGUAG